AAGAAGCUGAGAUGAAUUUCUCCUCUACGGCUCAGCGGUCCCACCACCCCUGCCCAUAGCAGCCAGCUAUCCUCCUGUUUUCGUGAGUCUCUGUUUUCGUUGAUCAAAUACUCAGACUAAUGCGAUAUUAAUCGCCAUAUCCAUCUCAUUCAAGCUUUUUUCUUCAAAUUUGUAUUGAUUUUUUUUUUCUAAAAAGUAUUGUUCGAUCCAUUUGGAUGGCGAAUUUGUAUGUGAGGGCUGCUCCAACGACGGAUCUGAAUCGGAAUACUGAGUGGUUCACGUAUCCUGGAGUUUGGACUAUUUACAUAUUCAUUCUGUUGUUCUCAUGGCUCGUUGUGAUGUCUGUUUUUGGGUCCUCAUCAGGCAUGGCCUGGACUAUUGUCAAUCUUGCUCAUUUCCUUGUCACAUAUCACUGUUUUCACUGGAAGAAGGGAACACCAUUUGCUGAAGACCAGGGUAUCUACAACAGAUUGACAUGGUGGGAGCAAAUGGAUAAUGGCAAGCAGCUUACUCCCAAUAGGAAGUUUCUGACAGUUGUUCCUGUGGUGCUGUACUUGAUAGCUUCCCAUACAACUGACUAUCAACACCCAAUGCUGUUCUUCAACACAUUUGCAGUUUUCAUUCUGGUGGUUGCCAAAUUUCCCAACAUGCACAAGGUUCGAAUUUUCGGGAUCAAUGCAGAUCAAUGAACUUCUACAUUCAAUUUGAAUUUUUUUUACUCUCAGCUGUAGUAUUUGAUUGGUUUAACAAUUUUGAGUAAACAGGGAACUCCUGUACAAAUGCAACAACUUCAAAGGGUGAAAUUAUAUAUAGUAAAAAAUUAAGAGUUGAGAACAAUAUUCUGCAA